AUGAAGGGAGACAUGGAUCUUUCUGUUUUGCCCAAUAACAACCAUCCUGACAAAUUCCUGCAGCUUGACGUGAAGACUUUAAUGAGGAGCCCAGCCCUUCUGCAGGCUAGCCUCGCGAGAUUUCCGGGUGGAAAUUACCCUGCUGCACAACACUGGCAAAACCUUGUCUACUCACAGAAAGAAAAGAAUAUCACUACUCAACCAACUAAGGGAUUCAGCAGAGAGGGUCCUGUUGCUGCUGGUAGCCCUCCACCAUCCAUGUCUUCAGUUAUGAAGAAUAACCCACUAUACACUGACCUGAGUUUGGAGGAAGCUAUGGAGGAAAGAAAAAAGAAUCCUUCGUGGACCGUUGAGGAAUAUGACAAGCACUCCCUGCACACAAACCUUUCUGGACAUCUGAAGGAAAAUCCUAAUGACCUACGGUUUUGGUUGGGAGAUAUGUACACACCAGGUUUUGACACCUUGUUGAAAAAAAAGAAGAAACGUGAUAAGCGAUCAAAAUUAUGUCAUAUGGGUCUGAUUUUACUCCUUGUUGCUUCCAUCUUGGUUACCAUAGUGACCAUCAGCACCUUUUUCACCUAA